AUGGGUGUCUGGGAUGCAUUUACCGGCAAGAAGACGCAAACCGCAACCUCACAACCCUCAUCUUCACCACAAUCAUCAGACACCCUCAAAGACCCAGCACCCGUUACAGUAACCUUCGACCAACCACCUUCAUCGGAAGACGUCUCUUCUUUCCUUCAUAACCCCGGCGCCUUCGACCCUGCUGCCCUGCACCCACUUGCAGGUCUCAACCAAGAUACACUCGACUACCUAUCUCUCGACGACUCCGCCCUUUCUGAGCUCCCUGGCUCCCGCUCCAUCCUACCCUCGCGCGGCUGGUCAGAUGACCUUUGCUACGGUACUGGAGUCACAUACCUCAGCGCACUUUCAAUAGGCGGCGCAUGGGGUCUUGCGGAGGGGCUAACCCGAUUGCCGAGCACAGCGCCGCCAAAGCUGCGGUUGAACAGCGCGCUCAAUGCUAUCACAAGGCGAGGGCCGUUCCUGGGUAACUCGGCGGGUGUGAUUGCGAUGAUGUACAACGGAAUCAACAGUACAAUUGGCUAUUACAGGGGCAAGCAUGAUACAUUUGGCAGCGUGGCGGCGGGCGCGAUAUCAGGCGCCAUCUUCAAGAGUACGGGAGGUUUGAGACCGAUGCUCAUAUCCAGUGGGUUGGUGGCGGGUGCGGCCGGUUCGUGGGCGCUUCUUCGCAAGAUAGUACUGGAAAGGUAGCGAUCGUGCGGCAAUCUUUGGCGUUCUGUAAACAACACGAUAGACCUGCAAAGCAUGGGGAUGGCGUGUUAUUUGGCAAACAUGUAAAGUAACACUCCGCUUCAUGUACGAGAGAUUGACGCUCUGUGUGAAUGUACUGUACCUGCCAUCCCUGUUCGACCAUGUGACGAGUUCGUGCCUCCCGGACAGGACCAUCUAUGCUGUCAUGACAACGAGUUGUCACCAACAUCAUCUUGUUAGCGGUUGCACGACGAACGUCCACCUUCGCCGCAGCAUUCACCUACAAGGAAUCCGCGGUCAUGGCG